ACUCUCAUCUCGGGUUUCCAAUUGUGAGUGCCUACAGCCAUGAUGUUGAAAGCAGCUCUCCUUGUGUGCCUUUGUGGACUGGCCGUUGAAGCCUUCAGUCUCAGCAGCAAACUGGAGGCGUUAGCUAAACUCAAGGCAAAUGGCAAAUCAAGCCCUCAGGAUUUCCUGAAACAUAUGAGAGAAUCAAAUCAAAGGUCAACCAACAAGGACAGCGAUGCCGAGUCAAAACACACACAGCGAUCAUUUGAUGGAUACAAUAACGGUUACGGCAACGGUUACGGCAACAUGUACGGCAACAUGGACCGGAACAUGUUCAACGGCGAGGGCAACAACUUUGACAUGGAUUACUACUACAAAUACAUGCCGAAAUUCAUGUACUACAUGCAAGAUACCGUCCAGAUGCAGAGGAUGUUCAUGGAGUUCCAUACCAACCAGUACAUUCUGAGAUACCAGUUCGGAGAUGAUAACAACAUGUAUGAUUGGGAUGAAAACAUGGGCUUCAUGUUCCAAGUUUCCCAAAACAUGUACCAGUACGCAAGAGCAAACAACUGGUGGCAACAGUAUGACAACAACAGAGGCUAUUUCGGAUUCAACAACUUCAACAACUUCAACAACUAUGGUGAUAGGUGGAACAACGAAGGAUUCGGUGGCUUCAACAACGAAUUCAACAACUUCGAGAAGAAGUAAACAAUUACCGGUCGAUGUGUUUGAAGAUGCACGAGAACAACAAUGACGCUUCUUAUGAUCAAUUUCUGCUUCAUUUCCUUCUUACAAGUAUAUUCCUGAAUUCCCAAAGUGAACCUAACGUAGAAUGAUGACAAGGAGUGUAACAUAUCAAAUACGCAUGUCUUCCAUGUUUGUGACUUCCGGUUUAGAUAAUGAUUACUCAGGAAAAUCAGAGAGACAGAUUAUUGAAGCAAAAUGAACGUUUUAGAAUAUAAUAUAUUCUUAAAAUGUUAGUGUUAAUAUUAGAAAUCCUUUAUUAUGUGUUUUACGAAUGAAAGUAUUAUUAUUUUAAUUCUUUGAUUUCACGACUUUGAUUAUGCAUUCAGUAUAAAAAUUGUCAUGAAUUUGAGAAUUAUCUGUGUGGUCAAAAAUGUAAACGGGGAAGAUCGGUAAUGUAGCAUACUGUCAAAUAUGUAACAGGGAGUAGUCUUAAAUGAUCUACUAAUUCCAUUGUUACGUUGUAAAUCACAUAAUACAUUUAAUAUUAACAUAAAUGUUUCUGUAUAAUAUUUAUAUUUAUCAGUAUCUUGUACAUAAGAUCAAGGUCGGAUGCUUUAAACAUGCCGGAAACAAAACAAUGCCAAAGAAUUCCCUUCAUGUUACACAUUUUAUGUUAAGUUAUAUCCUCUAACUGACUUUUUGAAACUCUUUGAAUAAACAAAUCUUUGCAAGAA